AUGCAAGUCAAAGGUUGUCUGGCUCGACUGGAGUUUUGCUGGAGAUUCCAAGGAUGUUGGCUGGUCUGCCGAAUGUGGGAUGAGUUGUCGCGCGCUCAAUCAGCGGAAAAACGAUUCGUCGGCGCCACCAACAGAGGAGCCUUUGACCAAUCAAAAUAUCACAUGCACGGGGCCUCGAGGGGUGCGGUGCCUGGCAACGAUUCAGCUGUCGUGCAGCAACGCGUCUCCAGUUUUGAGCGGGCUAGACUGGGCUCUAACCCCCGAUUGCCGCCAUUCGAUGGCCCUAAUCGCGACAUGAUGGCGAGCCUGAGCUUUGAGCCUGAGCCUGAGCUUGAGCCUGGCGAAGGAAAGCCGAAGAUGGGGCCUCCCCCAGCUGCCAGGGAUGGGAUAUGUCCAACCUCUCGCUCAGUCUUUUACCAGCCUCCGCUGUUGCUCAACCCUAUCCACUCCAGCACCGUAUCUAGUCUGACGGAUGGGCGGAUGUGA